AUGCUGGAAGCGCGGCCCUACGACUCCAUUGAGUUCUUCCACGUGCAACGCGAGCUGGUCAAGUACCUGGGACUGGAGCCGCAGCGCCGCGCUAGUGUCACCGACUACAUCAUGUCGAUGGGCCUCAGUCAGCGGAUGGACAGCCGCGCGCCCGUGCUGGCGGCCGGCACAGGACCGGCGGCGGGGGCGGGGGCGGGGGCGGGGCGGGGCAGAGAGCGAAAGGCCUGGCCGCCACCGCGUCGCGCCUCCUCCGCCCCCUCCUUGCACCAGAUCGCCACUCACGCGCCUGGCUUCUGGAAGAGGUUGCGUUCGCGGUGGCGCCGAGGCGGCGGCUCCAGCGGCGACGAGUUCAAGGGCGAAGGGGACACGGACGUCGGCGCAGCUCUACGCAAACCCUGA